CAUCCUGCAGCCUUAAUGUUGCCUUCGGAGAUAAGAAUCAAAUAGCAUGAAUAGGCUGGAUUCUUCUUGUGUUGCAAGACUUCAUUAAUGUUUUCGAGGUCAAGAAUAUUGGCUUCCGUACUCCGUCGACCUAGGCAGCUUGGAUCAUACCAACUGCGGUGGUCAUCCCAUUGUGCAACACCGCCCCAACCGUCGUUUCCAUGUGUAGACGCGCACGCCGCCCGUGAGACCCGUCUCAUCGCGGAAUCGGCGUCUCGCUCUCCUGGAGCAGCUUCCCGCCCCUCUGAAGACAGCGGCCCUGAACCCCCGUAUGCCCGGCCGAAUCCACUGUCAUAUAAUGUGUACCACCAUCCACGUCCGUUCCCGUUGACAUAUUCGGCGUCUCUUCCAUCCUUCGACAUCGCCUACGAGACAUGGGGCACCUUGUCACCAACUCGCGAUAAUGUCAUUCUUCUCCACACAGGCUUAUCCGCGUCGUCACACGCGGCCUCUACAUCCUUAAAUCCGUCGCCAGGUUGGUGGGAAAAAUUCAUUGGACCAGGUCGUGCAUUAGAUACCAGCCAGUUUUUCGUCAUCUGUUCUAAUGUACUUGGGGGGUGUUAUGGCUCAACCGGUCCAUCGUCCAUCGACCCAACCACGGGGCAGCGCUAUGCAACCCGCUUCCCCAUUUUGUCUAUAUUCGACAUGGUAAAGGCACAAUUUGCACUCUUGGAUCACCUUGGUGUGGAUCAUCUGUACGCUAGUGUCGGCUCUUCUAUGGGGGCGAUGCAAAGUCUUGCGGCCGGUUGGCUCUUUCCACACCGAGUUGGCAAGAUCGUCAGCAUAAGUGGCACAGCCAGGAGCAGUCCAGGAAGUAUUGCCAUGCGCUACGCUCAGAGGAGUGUACUCAUGGCAGAUCCGAACUGGAACAACGGGUUCUACUAUGAUGGCCUGCCUCCCCACACUGGAAUGAAGCUCGCUCGUCAGAUCGCCACUAUCACAUACAGAUCAGGUCCCGAAUGGGACUUGCGUUUCGGCCGAAAACUGCAUGAUACCGGCUUGAAAGACGAGUCUCAAAAGACACCCAAACUCUGUCCCGAGUUCUUGAUUGAGACCUACCUCGACCACCAGGGGGAGCAAUUCUGCCUCAAGUACGAUGCCAACUCCCUCCUGUACGUGUCGAAAGCGAUGGACUUGUUUGACCUAACAUUACCGGCUAUCAAACAACUCGGAUUGUCUCCUGCCCAGAAAGCUGCUUCGCAACUUACACCAUCUCCAGAGGAGGCUCAGACCAUGGCCCUCUUGAAGUCACAUCCACCUCCAGCCAAUCCCCCACCUCACUUACCUGACUUGGCUGAAGGAGUCCGCCCCCUGGCAUCGAUACCAACCCUUGUGCUUGGCGUGCAGAGCGACAUCCUCUUUCCGGUGGAGCAGCAACGCGAAGUUGUGGAUGCCUUGAGGAUGGCCGGAAACUGGCGAGUUAGCUAUUUCGAGCUCGGAGGAGUAUGGGGUCACGACACGUUCCUGUAAGUGUGCCAUUUCGCUUGAAUUGGCCGGAACAAAACAAGGCCAGGCACAUUGCUUGCCCUAGUGAUGAUCGGCUCCGCAUUUCUUCACGCUCUGCAUGAUUUCGCUGUGCGAUACUUAUUUGACCUCUCUAUUUAUAGGCUCGACGUCCUUAACGUUGGAGGAGCGGUCAGAGGCUUUUUGAGUUGAGUCGGACGAGCAUCCUUCUAGCUCCUGUAUAAAAACCACCUCUUGUA